CUCCCCAAUCAUCAAGCCACUCUACAGGCUUGAUACACGCGUCACUGACCGUUAGACUCACAAAAUUGCCUUUGUUUCUCACUUCUUCCGCAACUCGAUACCAGUGGCGUACCCGGGCCCUGUGGCUGGGCAUCUUUGUACUAUACUGUGUCUUGAUAGAUACGGAAGUGGAUGCAGCACCUUUGACUUUGGCUUGACGGCAAUAUCGCAGCAGCAAAGGACUGUGUACAACGUAUUUUGUUUCAAGGUAUCUUUCUUUCAAAGUAAACUUGUAUCUAUCUUGCCAAGGAAUCAUCAUCAAUCGAAUGAUCAAUCGAAUCAAAUUAACAGUCAAGAAACCCUAGCUAGCUAGCAAGAGCUCUCGCCGAUUGAAGAGACCAGAGUCGGCAUCAUAGAGGACAGCGGCAAUCCCAUGGACGGACUCAAGGAAGACAAUAACCGACGCAAUAGUGGCUCACUCAAAGAGGGUCGGCACUUUCCAAUACAAUGGAGUCGUCGUCUGGUCAUUUUCUUUCUGGGUGGCUUCUUGGUAUCCAGUUUGAAAAAUGAAAUGACAACUCUGCAAGGGUCAACAACACGCAUGGGCAUCGAUGCUGCGACUGUAGAUGGAAGCAUGUUGUCUCCACAACGAAGGGAAACUUCCAUUGUGAAUGGGGACGAUUUCAGGGGAUCAGACACUAAUAGUGGUUCUGCCGUAAUAAUAUCUACCGCAGUUCCAACCAACCCGUCUACCGGUCUGAGUUUCGCAGAAAAAAUGAUACGGGGAGAGUCAUCUCAAAACAUUCAUAUUCCCAACACGGCACCACCAACAACACCAAGCAACCAAAAUUCACAAGUCACAACAUCAUCUUCAACCACACAACAACAACAACAAAAACUGAAAAUUGCGCUCUACAUGACCACUCAUCUCAGCGACCAACAUAUGGAAUUCCUCGUCAAAUGCUGGCCAGCGGCUAUCAAACGCUUACCACUGGUGCAGCAAGCUGACCUGUUGGUUUACACCAGCACAAAGGGAAUGGAUCGGGUCUUUACCAGUCUGGGAUUCAAGAAUGUCACAGUAUUCCACUACGAAGAAGCUUGGAAUCCAAUGGGCGCCAAAGCGGCCAUUGACGAGAACAAUAAUGAUUUGGAUACUCAAAAACAAGAAGGCGCCAUUCGAGGAUUGGUUGAUCCAUUUGUGCAAACCAACCUUUGGUUUGAAAGUUACGACUGGGUCAUCCGAGUCAAUCCCGACGUGCUCAUACGAAGUGAUACUUGGUUGCUACAAACCAUGCAGAAUCCUACCGUGGCUGGGAUCUUUGUCCCGUGGGACAGUCCCUGGCACGGAUUUUGCUUUCAUACCGACUUUUUUGCCUUUCGACCUCGUGCUGCCGACCGAAACGCACUGCUGGAAUCAUUUACGCUUCAAAAACAACGACAACAGCUACACGCCGAGACACACUUGUUUCAGGGCUUUAAACGUCUUUACCAAACAAAAGAUCCCAAUCAACAACUAGUCUGGUUGCCAGGUGUUAAUAAGACAAGCGCCAAUGGAGUGGGACACGUGGCAGGCGUCAAUGCAGAUGUACAGCAUGUUCAUUCACUGGAACAACACUGUCCCGAUUAUUUCCAUGUUUCCGACGGAGUCACCUACUGAUAUGAUGCUAGCUAGCUAGCUAACAAUCAAUCGACAAUUACGUAAUGCAUAAAAUGGCGUGCUGCCUCUGGAAUGUUCGAUUGGAUUCUUCAUUUACACAGCCGGAGGGUUCGAAAGUACACGGAAAGCCAUUUGAAAAGCGUCCGGAAACAUGCGUUCUGCCUAUCGCUCUGACUUUUUUCAGGCAAAGGAUGAGGUUUGCUCUUGUGGUGAUGAAGCUAUAGUAGUUUUUUCAUGGUUUCCCGUUUAAUUUUAGAAACAAGAGAGUUACGCUCUUGAAAAUUCUAAAGAAAACGAUCUAAUGCUCUGCUGGCUGAGUACGGGUUUUUGGAUGCAGAAAGUGAUGCGGCUGCGGCACAUGUAUUGCUCGGAUGGACUGCCACUACUUGAAUGUAGUCAAGUCAAAAGGAAAUAAUGAUAGUUCCACGGGUGACCAAUUCGGCCGACACUUGGCUCCAUGAUUUAUUUGUUCCUGAGAACCGCGUUGUCAGGGCCAAUACCAGCCGUGCCUGUUUGGCUCACAGUGCCAAAAUGCUGCGUUGAUGGCCAUCAUUAUAAUCAUUACUAUUAGACCUAAUAGCUAAAGUAGACUACAUGGAAAGGACUGAUGCUAUGGGC